AUGCGCCGCCCCCGCGGCGGGAGGCGACCCCACGGCAGCCGGGGCGCCGGGCGGGCCCGCUCGAAGCAGCCAGGCCGAGCUGGGGGGCGGGCGGGGAGGCGUUGCCGGCGCUUCCCCAGCCCGGCGCCCUCCGGAGGCCUGGGCGGCGGUGCCCGCCCCCCCGGCGGCUCCGGGAGUGCUGGCGGUGGCAGCCCCGAGCGCCGGGGAAGGAUGCUCGCUCCCGCCGCCGUGGCCGAGGCCGAGGGCAGGUGUGACUGGGGGCCCCGGCAGGGAGGCGUCCUCAGCGUCCUCGCCCGUUUCUCUUCCCCGCUUUCCCCACGCGCCGCAGCAAAGGCUGCGACGGGCACCAUGAAGAAGCAGGCGUCUGGGAACGGGAGGGGGCCGGAUGCGGCCCCAGCGCCCCAGCGAGGCGGACGGGUCAUCGCCCGGCUGGCCGAGUACGUGGGCUCCUUCGUGGUGGAAGAUGCGGAGCUGCAGCAGAAGGUCCAGGCGAUCCAUCAGUCCCUGCAGCUCCUGAAGGUGAGGGCAGGGAUGGCGGGGAUCACGUGGGCCCUUUGCGCGUGCACAGAGGCGCUCCCGCCGCCCAACUUCAGCUCCCCUCAAGCGGAUCUCUGGCUCCAGGGAUACGCAUUCUGCAGAGCUGCCGAAUUUCCCUGCUCCACUUUGCUUGUGACAUUUCUGUGCUGCCUGAUCUCAGAAGCGCUCUGGGCGUAG